GCUGCCUGCCGCACCUACCGGGAUCUUCUCCCGCCGACGCCGGCCAACCUCGCCUCCCAGGGUGGUUCGCUCCUCCUCUUCCCCCACAUGGCCUCUGCGUUGGGAGCCCUCUUUCAUGCCCCCCUCCGCCGCAUGCUCCGCUUCCGCCUCCCCUGCACCCGCCUAGGUCGCCCCGACCCCAGCUUCACCGAGUUCUACUCCUUCGGCUGCCGCGUCGCCAUCAAGUACCCCGACGGCUAUGGCACCGGCCGCGAGCUCAGCAUUUGCCACCUCCUCACAGGCGAGCGAGCCCGCCUGCCUGAUCCCCCAGAUCUAAGAUACUCCGAAGAAGUCGUCUUUUCCGGCGACCUCGUCGUCACCUUCAGGAAAUUCUACCGCGUCCUCUACUACUGCCACAUUGGGGAUGCUCAAUGGCGAGAAGCGUGGUGCGAUGAAGGCCACCAGCUUUACAAUCUGAUGUUCAUGAAAGGCACUCUCUAUGCGCUGAUUUACCCAGAUUACCGCCUCGCCGCCGUCGAGCUUGACAGGAAUUCUGUGGUACUGUCGUUUCUUGGAGAUAGAAUGAUUGUGUCGACAGUUAAUAAAUGUCCAAAGUUCUGGUUAGCAGAAGGUCGUGGUGAGUUAUUGCUCAUUGUCAGGGUGGAGUGCAAUCCAUGGGUGUACCAUGUUUUCUAUCUGCAAUCCGGCAGUUCGAAGUGGAUGAGGACUACUAGCCUUGGUGGUUGCAGCUUGUUCUUUAAUUUCCAUGGGUUUGCCGGUUGCCUUGGGCCAGAUCAUCCGGCAGUUCGAAGGGACUGCUUGUACUUCACUGGGUGCUCUGGGAAGUGGAGCGAGUAUUCUUUGGUUGAUGGGGCUUAUCAUGAAUUCGUCAUCGACUGCCCAGGGCGAACAGAGCAUUGUGGAUCUCCGGUUUGGGUCCUUCCAAACAUUUGUUGAUGCAGUACAAUGGGGUAUCAUAACUGUCCAUAAAUUCUCAAGGUACAUUUGCUCCCUAGUGCAGUGACUAGUUACAGUUGUUUAGUUUGACAUUUUCUGUUUGUUAAUCAAAAUAUUCAAAUGACUGUUUAGCAGUAAAUCCAGAAGGAUGAGUAUACGUAUUCCCCUUGCAAUGCUCUGGUGUUUGUUCUCUUAUCUAUCUACCCAGAAAAGAGUCUAGUGUUUAUCAUGAUAAGGUGGGGUGUUCUCGGAGUGUUUGACUCGACUAAUUCAUGGCGUCGUGGACCUGACAGGCCUGAAAGCAAUGGCAUGUGAGUACUAGUAGCCCACACCAUUCAGUAGCCAAACCAUGGCAGAAGUGGGUGAUGGUAGGAGUGAUUUCUAGAUAUGCCUUUUAUUUGUGAAGGUCGUGAGUCCAAUGUCGAUGCCAUUGUUUAGCUAACUUGUCACUGUCUUGGAACGUUGGUCAAUCAUGUUUUGAUAAGUAAUUGUGGAAGGUCGACAAGAAAUGUAAUUUUGCUUCUGCAAAGAUUACAUUGAUAAUCUUCUGUUUUUGGGGUGUGAGUGUGAUGUGCCUAUGGCAGUAUGUUUGGAGUACUGUUGUUGUUGCUCUGUAUGUGGAUGAAUUACCCUGUAAGAUGAGGAUUUAUGUGCCUGGGUGUUGAGUUUUUGUGGGCAGGGGAGAUGUUUAGUUUCUGCUGAAAGUUAUAGCGUUGCUUUGGGCUCGUCGUUCUUGCUUCAGUAAUAUAUAUCCUGCUAAACCUAAUGUUGCUAUUUCCAUGAUGUUCACAUGUGCUGUCUUGGUCUGCUUUGCAGAAGAGAAAUCAACCUGUCUUGGUUGAUCGAAGUU